AAGUAACUGAUGAUUUAUAAAAAUCACAAAAUAGUAAAUUUGAGAUAUGUGAAAUAAUCCAUAAUUGAGACUCAUAAAAGAAAAUAGAUAAUAAUUAAGCCCUCUUGUAAAUUUCUCCUAAAAAUAGAGGAAACAAUAGAAAAAGACAGAACAAAAGUUAGAUUAGAAGUGUGAGAACAUGUAGUGACUGACUGGCAGCUCAACCUUGCAAAAAAUUCUUUCAACUUAGCUUUCUGUUCUCUACUUUUCUCCAUUACAAACAAGUAUCUCCCAAAAUUAGACAUAAUAAUGGAACCACAAAACUCCAAUAAUCAAAAUCACCAUGCAAUAUUCCUUCCUCUAUCACUUCAAGGCCACAUAAAUCCAGCCGUUCAUUUCUCCCACAAACUUGCUUCAUCAAAAAACUUCACCAUCACCUUCUUAACCUUUGAAUUCCUUCACCAACAGCUAACCCAAGCCCGGCCCGACGGGUGUUCCACCGACAUCUUUUCACGAGCGCGUGAUGGACCCGAUGGGCUUGACAUCCGAUAUCGGGCCGUAUCCGAUGGGCUGCCCAUGGAGUUUGAUAGGACAGGUCAACUGGAAGAGUUUCUGAUGUGGUACUUGGAUGGGGGUAUGUUUGACCAAGUUGCAAAGGGAGUUGAGGAGAUAGUGUUGGACUCAAGGCCCAAAGUUGAUGUGUUGAUAAUUGAUACGUUUUAUCCUUGGGCCUCCAAGAUUGCUAAGAUGUUUGGGCUUCGUUUGGCAUCGUUUUGGACUGAGCCUGCUUUGGUUUUCAAUAUGUAUUAUCAUGUCCAUCUUCUUAAGCAGCAUGGUCACUUUGAUUGCCCUGAUACUCGGAAGGAUCCAAUUGAUUAUAUACCAGGAGUACAAUCCAUCGAGCCACAUAACCUGCCGUCGUAUAUUCAAGACAAAGACAUCUCAACAAACAUGCAUAAGCUGAUUUUCCAGGCAUAUCAAGAUGUUAGAUCAGCAGAUUUUGUGCUUUGUAACACAGUGCAAGAGCUCGAGUCAGACACAAUCUCAGCCUUACAAGCUGUCAUGCCUUUUUACACGGUUGGGCCUAUUAUUCCUUCUCGAUCAUUAGAAAACGUCAUGUCCACGAGUCUUUGGGUCGAGUCCAAUUGCUCAGAGUGGCUAGGGUCCAAGCCUAAUGGUUCAGUGUUGUAUGUUUCAUUUGGAAGCCUUGCUAAUUUCACAAAUGAUGAUGUUAUGGAGAUUGCUUAUGGCCUGAUGGAAAGCAAUGUUGAUUUCGUUUGGGUGCUUCGUCCUCGUACUGUUCUUCAUGGAGAUGAUCAUGUAUUGCCUGUUGGGUUCGAGGAAGGCAUUUCUGGUCGUGGGCUUGUUGUUCCGUGGACCAAUCAAAUCGCGAUUUUAUCUCAUCCGGCUGUUGGUGGGUUUCUAACACAUUGUGGGUGGAACUCUGUAUUAGAGAGUAUACAGUACGAAAUACCUAUGUUGUGUUUUCCAGUUUUUACUGAUCAAUUCACUAAUCGGAAAUUAGUGGUUGAUGAUUGGAAGGUUGGGAUUAACUUAGGUAAUGAAAAGCCAUUAAGAAGGAUGCAGAUUGCAUCAGAAAUUAAGAAGUUUAUGAGUAAAAAAACAGAAGAUGGAUUGAGGGAGAAUAUUAUUGUACUAAAGAAAAUAUUAGGAAAUGCUUUAGAAGCUGAUGGAUCUUCAAGCAAAAAUCUAGAUUUAUUCAUUGAACAAUUGAAUUAGUCUAGUAGAAUCUGAUAGAGUUGGCUCUCUACGGCCUUCCUUUUAGACUAUAACACGAAGCUCAAUUCAUCCUUAUUGUUCUUUCAUUCA